AUGGAAGUCCCUGAGAAUAAGACUCUCGCUGGCUUUGUCCUGUUGGGUUUCUCUGAUACACCUCAUCUUCUCUUCCUUCUGUUCUCUGUGUUCUUGGCUGCGUAUUCCCUCUGCAUUGCAGGAAACACUUUAAUUUUUGUGCUUAUUGUGUCACAACGUCAUCUUCGCACCCCGAUGUAUGUCCUGAUGGGGAACCUUGCCUUUGUAGAUGUAUUUUUUACCUCCAUUAUCAUCCCCAGGGCCCUCUAUGGCCUCUUGUCUGGAGACACCCACAUCUCCACCCAUGACUGCUUUGUCCAGCAAUUCCUGUUCCUGGCAGUGGGCAACAUGGACAGUUUUUUGUUGGCCAUCAUGGCCUUUGACCGAUAUUCUGCAAUUUGUUUUCCCCUACAUUAUCUGAAAAUUAUGAGCAAGAGGACUUGUAUAUGUCUGGUGGCUAGCUCUUGGGUCCUCGUGUGUCUACACUCUACUCUGUACACCGUGCUGACUUCUUCUCAGCUGAACUGUAGUUGGGUCAUCCACCAUUUCUUCUGUGAUCUUCCUGUGAUAAUGCAACUAGCCUGCUUAGGCGCUUCAGAUGCUCUGCAGAAGGUUGUCUUCAUCGAAGGUCCCAUCGUCAUCUUUAGCCCAGUACUCUUCAUCCUCGGGUCCUACAUACUCAUCAUCAGAGCAGUGUUGGCUCUACAUUCAGCCCAAGGAAGGUGGAAGACCUUUUCUACUUGCUCAUCUCAUCUCACCAUGGUUAUUCUUUUCUACAGCACAGUCAUAUUUAUGUACUUUCGGCCAAGCUCCAGCUACUCUCCGACUAACGAUCGGGUUAUCAGUGUGGUGUACAGUGUCAUUAUCCCAAUGCUCAACCCAUUUAUUUAUAGCCUAAGAAAUAAAGAGGUUAAAGCUGCUGUAAAGCAACUUUUUCAUAUCACUUGA